AUGAUUUCAUGUCCCGAGAAUAGAAUUCUUCCCAUUCUUCCUUUUGAUGAAGAUGAAGAAAAUAAGCUGAUAGUAACAACAAUUAUAGAGAAUAGUAGACAUAAUCACGAUCUUCCUCUGUAUCAAUCUUUUUCGGAUGAUAAUCGUGUAUACACAAUGAAAAGAUGUAAUAUUAUAGAGUUGGAUCAUGAUUCACUCGAUUCAAUUCUUUCCUAUUGUCCUAAUAGAGGCUCCUAUGAAAUUCAAUCAUUAAGAAUAACAUGCCGAUUAUUUAAUAAUGUAUUUAGAGGAAAUUCCUCAUUGUCAUCAUCAUCUUUGAGCAUUGGAAUUCAAACGAAAGAAGAAUCAAUUGCUGCAUCAGUUAAGGAAGCAAUAAGAAGUCAAAAGUUGUUGGAAAGAAUUGAGAGUGUUUACUUACCUAGGCUUUAUUUUCAAAUAUUCAUUCCAGGUAAAGAGAAUAGAAAUAAUUCUGAAAAUAUUGAAACGAGUACCAACAGUUUUAUAGAAAUAAUGGAAAAAAUUUUGGGCAGCCAAUGCAGAAGACUAUCUGAGGAUGAAAUAGAGUACGAGUUUAAUUUUAAUGAUAACAAUCUGUUAGAUGAUUUGGAAAGUAUAAUGUCAGGAAAAUCGAUUGAUGACUGUCAACCUUUGAAUAGUGAGCUGGCAACAACAUCUCCCAAAUUAUUUUAUUAUAAUAAGGGGAAAGAACUAUUAGCAGAUGUAUCGAAUCACAUAGGGUUGAGGGAUCUGUAUGGAGAGUGGAUGCAAAAACCGCUCAUUGAUAAGAAUAUGAAAAUGAAUCCGUUUCGACUUUGUCGAAAGACCAUUCUACACUUUCAGUUUAAACAUUAUGCUUUACAUCACUCUAUCAAAGAUAAAAUUAGCUGUGAAACUUCCAUUGUUUGCACAGAAAACAGACGUCAUUAUGUGUUUUUAAAUCCAAAACCAAGAGAGGAAAUAUCAUUUUAUUAUGGAAAGAUUUAUCAAGAAUAUGACCAAACCUAUUGUUUUGAGAAAUCAUCCUCAACAAGGCUUGACAAGUGCAGAGUUGUCAUUCAAAGAUAA